CCAAACUCACCAAGAACAAGAACAAGAAACAAGAACAAGAAAUUCACAACAGCAACAAAGAACACAAGAAAACACACAAGAAGGAAACACAAAGAUUGAUAUUGAUCCAAAAGCAAUGGCGUACGAGAAAGUCAACGAGCUUAACCUUAAGGACACGGAGCUAUGUCUUGGAUUACCCGGAAGAACAGAGGAAAUCAAAGAAGAACAAGAGGUUUCUUGCGUUAAAAGCAACAACAAGCGUCAAUUUGAGGACACUCGUGAGGAAGAAGAAUCUACACCUCCUACCAAAACUCAAAUCGUUGGUUGGCCACCGGUGAGAUCUUCCCGUAAGAACAACAACAGUGUGAGCUACGUGAAAGUGAGUAUGGACGGAGCUCCUUACCUCCGCAAGAUCGAUCUCAAGACAUACAAAAACUACCCCGAGCUUCUCAAGGCGUUAGAGAACAUGUUCAAAGUCACGAUAGGUGAAUAUUGUGAGAGAGAAGGAUACAAAGGAUCUGGAUUUGUGCCUACAUACGAGGAUAAAGAUGGAGAUUGGAUGUUGGUUGGUGAUGUUCCAUGGGACAUGUUCUCUUCAUCUUGUAAGAGACUCAGAAUCAUGAAGGGUUCCGACGCUCCUGCUCUAGACUCUUCCUUAUGAUCCAGAGAAGAUGAGAAGCUUUUGUUUUAAAGGAGACAGAUGAUGACUAUGAUCGAUGAAUGAAAAACCCUUUUUGGUUUGAUUCCGAUCGGAGUUUGAUUAAAGUUGACCGUGAAAAACGAAACUUCGGGGUUUUGUCCGAUGAGAGAUCCAUCUCUAGUGAUGUUCUUUUUGUUGUUGUUUUUAGAUUUGAAGGAGUUUGAUGUAAAGAUACAUGAGAUUUUAUGU